AUGUCUCUCGAAACAGUGAAUCUCGAGCAUUUGCCAGAAUCGCACAAGAUCUACGUUGCCCUAUUCCGUGACGUACAGAACUCGGCCUUUCUGCACCAGCAGCUGCUCGCUCGGAACCCCCUGUUCGAGUACGCCUUCAUCGAUGCCUCGGUGGGCAAAAUCGUUAAUACCAAGUCUCACCAGGUUGUUUCCCGGCUUCAGUUAUUAUCCGCUGUCUUCAAGGCUACGUUGACGGCUGUAAAUGGCGCUCUCAGGACUCCCAACGUUCACUCCGAGAUUGUCUGUACUAUGAGCUCCUCUAAUAACAUUGCUGAUGCCUACCGCCGAUAUGGUAUCUCACCAUCUACUAAAGACCUCAUUGUUGUCAAGGUCACCUUUCCUGGAGAGGAUGGUGCUGAGCCCUUGACCCAUGAUCAGAUCUGGGAACAUCUCAAAUCCAACGUGGAGGGAGAGGCCGUGUCCAUCACAGAUGACCAGAUCUCUACCACCACUGACGUGCCAAAGGUACGCAAGUACUACAAGUUGAAUGGACUCAAGUGGCUUGAUGAUAUCAAGGACGAAAAGGUUAAGAAGCAGGAAAUGGAGUCACUAGUCAUUGGUGCAAUGGCUCUACGAGGUGUUUGA